AUGAACGAGCAAACUAAGAUGUCUGGCGAGAUGACAGUUACAGUCGAUGAUGGAGCCAACGGUGGAUCACCCACACCUGACGCCAAAAGACGAGAACUCGAAGAAGAAUUUAAUGUGCAGAGAGCAAAGAUGAAAGAGCUUUUUUUACAGAAAGAAGAAGACAUGCGAAAAAUGGUGGUGGAAAGAGAGCAGUUACAGUCGGAGGUCUUGGGGCUUCGUGCAGCACUCCAACAGUUGCAGACGCUCAGCGAGAAUCAGAAGUCAGAAAUACAGAAUCUACAGCUUCUUGUCACUGAGACGGUGGAAGCGUCUUCUUCCGGUACGGAGGAGAUGCGCCGCCUUCGCGCCAGGAAUCUGGAGCUGGAACAGCAGCUCAACCAGCUCAGGCAGCAACAGGAGAUGUCUCUCGCUCCGGCCACCUUCGUGCGCUCGCUCGCCCGGAAGCUGGGGGCCGACACCGAGACAGAGCAGCCCCCGCGAAAGAACAUUGAAGACAGCGAACUGAUGAGCUCCAUAAUCCAGCCACUAGAGAUGGAAAUAUCGGCGCUGAAGAACAAGCUAAGGGAGACGGAUGCCCAACUACAGGAGGCCUUGAAAGCGAAGGCUACACCUACCGCAACUCCCGUGUCGACCGGCUCGAGUGGCGACGGAAAGCUGGAGACAGACGCGGCGCGACAGUGCGACAUGUGCGCUAACUACGAGCGACAGCUGGUGGCCGAGCAGGGGCGGGCGGACGCUGCGCGGGAGCGAGCGAGACAGCUGGAGCAGGCGCUCAAGCUGGCCACGGAGGAGCUGGAGGGGGUGCGCGCCAUCCACGAGGAGACGGUGCGCGGCAGCGGCGCGUGGCGCGGCGAGGGCGCGGCGCAGCUGGCGGCGCUGGCCGAGCGGCUGCGCCGGGCCGAGGCGGCGCAGCGCCGCGCAGAGGACGCCGCCGCCGACCACCACCGCCGCGCGCUGCACAUGGUCACCACGCUCACCGUCGACCGCGAGACGCUGCAGCGCAAGCUCGACGCAUUAGAACGAGACAAUGCAAUGUUGGUCGGUCAGUACACAAAGAAGGCGGCUGAAAUGCAGAACGAGAUAAUAAAUUUGCCAGACAAUGUCGAGGAGCUGCAGGAGCAGCAGCUGCGGCUGCGCGAGCAGCUGAUCGUGUGCCAGGUGGGGCGCGAGGAGGCGGCCGCGGCGGAGGCCGAGCUGCGCGCCCAACUCCUCGAGCACGGCGCGCUCUUCCACCGCCAGGAGGGGGCGCUGGCCGCCGCCACGGCGCAGCUGCGCGACGCCAAGGAGGAGCUGGACAGGCUACAGACGGAGCGCGAGCAGAUGAAAGAGCUCGGCGACAAGCUGCGCCACUCCAACGACAUGAUCGAGCAGCUACUCGAAGACAAGAAAAAUCUGCAGAGCGAGGUGAGCGAAAUGCGCGGGCGGGUGCACGCGCUGCAGCAGGAGUUGGACAACAGUGAGAAGGUGCAGCAGGACUUUGUGCGCCUCUCGCAGUCACUGCAGGUGCAGCUGCAGCGGAUUCGCGAAGCGGACACGGAAGUGCGGUGGCAACACGACGAGGACGUCAACGAGUGCCCGAGCUGCCACACGCAACUCCCCAAUAGCAAGAAGAAGGUGCACUGCCGCCACUGCGGGCGCAUCUUCUGCGGCGCGUGCGUGGCGCACGUGGUGGCGAGCGGGCCGCGCGGGGCGCCGGCGCGCGUCUGCUCCGUCUGCCGCACGCUGCUGCAGCCGCACUCCGCGCCCUACUUCAGCACCGACCCGCCCCACUCGCCCGAC